UCGCGAAGUUUGUUUCUGCUAACACUUCAAACCAGCGACCAGAUUAUGAGGGGUAAAUUGAGCAUUGUCGCAGCAUUACUGGUAACCUUGGUCGCUGUAGCUGCCAACAACCAAUGCCCAUCAGACUGGACCCAGGACCUGCUUCUGCCCCACGAUGACUGCAGAAAGUUCUACAUGUGUCGGUUCGGUCAACCCAUGGAGAUGACCUGCUGGGGCGGGCUUUAUUUCGACAUUUACACGUGGGAAUGUGGCGAUCUGUCAGUAGUGGAUUGCGGAGAUAGGUACGUUCCUGGACAACCUGUGACUGAGGCGGAGACUGAGCCUGAAACGGAACCUGCCACUGAAGAACCUACCACACCAGAACCUACAACUGAGGAACCUACCACACCAGAACCUACAACUGUUGAGCCUACAACUGAGGAACCUACCACACAAGAACCAACAACUGUUGAGCCUACAACUGAGGAACCUACCACUGAGGAACCUACCACUGAAGAACCUACCACUGAGGAACCUACCACUGAGGAACCUACCACUGAGGAACCUACAACUGAGGAACCUACCACUGAGGAACCUACAACUGCUGAGCCUACAACUGAGGAACCUACAACUGCUGAGCCUACAACUGAGGAACCUACAACUGCUGAGCCUACCACUGAGGAACCUCCUACACCAGAACCUACCACACCAGAACCGACAACUGCUGAGCCUACAACUGAGGAACUUACCACACCAGAACCAACCACUGAGGAACCUACCACACCAGAACCUACGACCGAAGAACCCGCAUCACCCGCGCCAGGAUUCCUCCCGAACGGCUGUCCCGUAGACCCCCACGUCCACUGGCUGCUGCCUGUGGAGGGAGACUGCAACGGGUUCUAUUACUGCGUGUGGGGAGAUCUGGUCCUGAGCGCCUGCGCGCCCACAUUGCACUUCAACAAAUAUGAUCAGUCUUGUGAUUGGCCCGCAAACUCCGGCUGCACUACAUCGCUGAACAAACACAACCUCGCCGUCAUAGCAGCCUUAUUAGUGGCUGUGGUGGCCGCAAAGGCCGACGAGUCAUGUCCGUCCGACUGGUGGGCUCGUGACAUGCUUCUGGUCCACGAAGACUGCCACAAAUUCUACAUGUGCUCAUACGGCAAACCAGUAGAGAUGACCUGCUGUUGCGACCUGUUCUUCAACGUUGAAACCAGACAAUGUGACUUCCAGUACAAUGUAGACUGUGGUAACAGAAAUAGCCCAGUAGAUUCUGGGCUUACAUUUGAUCUAGAAACCACUUCAAAUUCCACAGAAGAGUCUACAACCCCUGCUGAUCCUACACCAGCGGAAACAACUACAUUGGAACCCACAACUCUUGAUCCUUCGACAACGGAACCUACAACCCCAGAACCCACAACCCCUGAACCUACAACAGCAGAACCUACCACUCCAGAACCCACAACCCCUGAACCUACAAAAGAACCCACAACCCCUGAACCUACGACAGCAGAACCCACAACCCCUGAACCUACGACAGCAGAACCCACCACUCCGGAACCCACAACCACAGAACCCACAACUCCCGAACCUACAACCCCUGAGCCUACUACAGCAGAACCCACCACUACAGAACCCACAACCACAACCCCUGAGCCUACGACAGCAGAACCCACAACCCCAGAACCCACAACCACAACCCCUGAGCCAACGACAGCAGAACCCACAACCCCAGAACCCACUACUACAGAACCCACAACCCUUAAACCAACGACAGCAGAACCUGCGACACCUGCGCCCGGGUUCCUCCCAAACGGCUGCCCCGUAGACCCCCACAUACACUGGCUGCUGCCUGUGGAGGGAGACUGUAACGGGUUCUAUUACUGCGUGUGGGGAGAACUGGUCCUAAGGGCCUGCCCGGCCACACUGCACUUCAAUAAGAACCUCCAGGUUUGCGACUGGCUCGCAAACGCUGGCUGCGACUCUUCUGUAACUACGACCACAAAAACUGCAACCUCUAGACAAACUGCACAACCUAAUGCCACUACGUCCACAAGUACUACGACAAAUCCCACAACACCAUCUGAAUUCCUCCCCAACGGUUGCCCCACCAACCCCCACAUACACUGGCUGCUGCCUGUGGAGGGAGACUGCAAUGGGUUCUAUUACUGCGUGUGGGGAGAACUGGUCCUGAGGGCCUGCCCGCCCACACUGCACUUCAAUAAAUAUCUCCAGGUAUGCGACUGGCCUGCAAACGCUGGUUGCAACUCUUCUGUUCCUAUUACAGUAGAACCCACUACCGCUACACCUAGCCCCACAACGCCCACCACUCCAGAAACGCCCACAACUGCAACUCCCACAACCGCGACUCCCACAACUGCGACUCCCACAACUGCAACUCCCACAACUACCACUCCAAAACCCACAUCACCGUCUGAUUUCCUCCCGAACGGUUGCCCCACCAACCCCCACAUCCACUGGCUGCUGCCUGUGGAGGGAGACUGCAACGGCUUCUAUUAUUGCGUGUGGGGAGAACUGGUCCUGAGGGCCUGCCCGGCUACUCUGCACUUCAAUAAGGAUCUGCAGGUCUGCGACUGGCCCGCAAACGCUGGUUGCAACUCUUCUGUACCUAUAACAGUGGAACCCACCACUGUCACACCUAGCCCCACGACACCUACCACUCCAGAACCUAAUAUCACUACGCCCACAACUGCAACUCCCACAACUGCAACUCCCACAACUGCCACUCCUACAACUGCAACUCCCACAACUGCAACUCCUACAACUACCACUGCAAAACCCACAUCUCCGUCUGACUUCCUCCCACGGUUGUCCUACCGACCCCCACAUCCACUGGCUCCUGCCUGUGGAGGAGACUGCAACGGGUUCUACUACUGCGUAUGGGGAGAACUGGUCCUAAGGGCCUGCCCGCCCACACUGCACUUCAAUAAAACUCUUCAGGUCUGUGACUGGCCAUCGAACGCUGGUUGCAACUCUUCCGUGCCUACAACUAAACCCACCACCCUAGAACCUACCACUACGCCCACAACCUCUAAGGAUACAACUGUGAAACCCACAACGCCUCCGACUGGGUUCCUCCCCAACGGCUGCCCCGUUGACCCCCACGUCCACUGGCUGUUGCCCGUGGAGGGAGACUGCAACGGGUUCUACUACUGCGUGUGGGGAGAACUGGUCCUGAGGGCCUGUCCGCCCACUCUGCAUUUCAAUAAAACGCUUCAGGUCUGCGACUGGCCUUCUAAUGCUGGUUGCAACUCCACUUCACCUACUACAACAACACCGAGCACUCAAGUUCCAAAUACCACCGAGCCUACAACCUCUGCACCCGUAGAACCCACUACACCCGAGGCUGGGUUCCUCGCGAACGGCUGCCCCGUCGACCCCCACAUACACUGGCUGCUGCCUGUGGAGGGAGACUGCAACGGGUUCUAUUACUGCGUGUGGGGAGAACUGGUCCUGAGGGCCUGCCCGCCCACACUGCACUUUAAUAGGAAAAUUCAAGUUUGUGACUGGCCUACCGAUGCUGGUUGCGUCACAUCGCUGAACAAACACAACAGGGCGGAAUACAACAGACUUUUUGCCACAGAGCUGUUGAGGGGAAUAACAAAUUCCAGAAUCUAAACAGAUGAAUAUUGUGAUAGCGAUGAACGCUUUUUGGCGAGUACCGAGAUUCAUGGAGAAAACCAUCCCGGAAAAAAGAUUUGAAACUAUUGUUAAAUAUACAGCUGAUCAAAAGAA